AUGCGUGGGCUGCACAAGGGCGGGCAGAUGGGUGGGCUGCACAAGGGCAGAGGGAUGGGUGGGCUGCACAAGGGCAGGCGGAUGGGUGGACUGCACAAGGGCAGAGGGAUGGGUGGGCUGCACAAGGGCAGAGGGAUGGGUGGGCUGCACAAGGGCAGGCGGAUGGGUGGACUGCACAAGGGCGGGCAGAUGGGUGGGCUGCACAAGGGCAGGCAGAUGGGUGGGCUGCACAAGGGCAGAGGGAUGGGUGGACUGCACAAGGGCAGAGGGAUGGGUGGGCUGCACAAGGGCAGAGAGAUGGGUUGGCUGCACAAGGGCAGGCAGAUGGGUGGGCUGCACAAGGGCAGAGGGAUGGGUGGGCUGCACAAGGGCAGGCAGAUGGGUGGGCUGCACAAGGGCAGAGGAGUGGUGGACUGCACAAGGGCGGGCAGAUGGGUGGGCUGCACAAGGGCAGAGGGAUGGGUGGGCUGCACAAGGGCGGGCGGAUGGGUGGACUGCACAAGGGCAGAGGGAUGGGUGGGCUGCACAUGGGCAGGCGGACUGGUGGACUGCACAAGGGCGGGCAGAUGGGUGGACUGCACAAGGGCAGAGGGAUGGGUGGGCUGCACAAGGGCGGGCAGAUGGGUGGGCCGCACAAGGGCAGAGGGAUGGGUGGACUGCACAUUAAUUGUUUGUGCUCUCUAA